AUGAGGGCACCAGAGUUUCAUGGAUUAUCAGAUUCUCUUGCGGCACAUAAGUGGAAGGAAGAUGUGGGUAACAUCCUUGAGAUACUUAAUGUGACUUUGGUUCAAAAGCAGACGCUAUCAUCCUACAGUCUCAAAGGGGAUACAGGGAGAUGGUACCGGCUACAGUUUACCCCAGAACAGAGGAUGACCCUCACCUGGGAGGACUUUGUCUAUGUUUUCGAUGAGCAGUAUAUCUCUUUCGCGACACGGGCCGGGAAAGAGCUUGAGUUAUCCAGAUUGACGCAGGGAGAUAUGUCAGUAGCAGAUUUUGAGAGCAGAUUUAUGAGCCUACUUCACUUUACAGGACUUCGUCCUAGCCUUCGUCGAUACCUCAUUUCUAGGAGGUUCUACUCAAUUCGAGAGGUAGCUGAUGCUGCCACUUCACAGGAGAACAAGUCAGCUAUGUUUCAGAAAGACAAGGAAGGGAAUAUUAAGGAUAAGGACAAGAACAAGAGGCCUUUUUCAGGACCCCAACAGCAGCAGCAAGGACCUCAUAAGAGAGGACCUCAGCAUGAUCAGAGAGCGCCUCAGCAUCGCAAGUUUCAUGGCACAUGUUUUAAGUGUCACAAGAUUGGCCACAGAGCAUCAAACUGUCGCAGUGCACCAGCAGGAGCCCAGCAAGGGAAAUGGUAG